AUGUCUGCCAGUAGACUACGAGUACUCUGUCUGCACGGCUUCACAUCCAAUGGCCAGGUACACGCCCACCAACUUCGCCGCAUCACGAAAGCCCUUCCCGAGUACGACUUCUUGUUCCCCGAUGGUCCGCACGUCGUCGACAUUUCCUCGCAAAUGGACAUGACAAGUACGGCCAACCAGCAAUGGUCAGAGAUGGUUCAUGCUCUCUCUACGUCUGGCCACCGAGCCUGGUGGUAUGCCAGAGAGGGCAAUUGGCAUAACAAGGAGCGUGGCGGCUUUCACGGCUUGGAAGAGAGUCUCGAUUCUAUCGGCAACUAUAUAAGAGACAACGGUCCAAUACAUUCAAUCUGGGGCUUUUCUCAGGGAGCUUGUUUUGCCGGCAUGUUAUGUGCCCUACUACAAGACAAGCUCGCUGGCCAUCCUCUGCGAAAACACCUCCCAUCACCAUUAGACGCACCGAAAGCUGGCAUCAUAUUCUCUGGCUUCAGGGCGCGAUUCUCCCAAUAUGAUGGCUUGUACGAGCCAGGUAUUGACAUGCCUAUGCUUCAUGUCGUCGGCGAAAAGGAUCAACUAGUCAGCAGCGAAAGGAGCGAAGCUCUAGUGCGAGUAUGCUCCAAAUCGGAAUUCUUGAAACACAGUGCCGGCCAUGAAAUACCGAAAUCAGAUGAAGAUCAGGCACGAAUCAUCGACUUCUUCAAGAGAAACGUCCCAACAGACGGAAGGUCACAUAUUCAGCCAUCGAUGUGA